AUAUUCCCAGUAGUGAAUCUCGCAGAGCUUUGAAAGGCCCUCGGUUUCUUUCACAACGUCUCGGCCCCGAUUCAUCUGCACGGCCGACGGUGCAAAAGACACAAAACCGGAGCGCAGAUGGAGAAAGCCUCUUAAAAAACCUGACGAGCACUCAGAUAUCACGGGUCCAGAGAGAGACCGAUUUCCUUAGAUGUCCAAAGUGCCUGAGUCAUCGCCCUUCGGAUCCUUUCGCCCGGUUCUGCCUGCACUGUGGAGCACCAGUGCCUCCAAUACCUGGUCAAAGACUGCCCCCUACUGAAGGAGGACAGAUGGGUCUAUGUGUGCAUUGUAAAACCAUGGUGCCGCUCAAUACAGCCACAUGUGUGGUGUGCGAGUCUCCACUGACUCAACAACUACAGCCGCAGGCUAGUCUGAGACUACAG